AGAGUAGGGCGUGAAUCAAAUGACAUUUUAUUUAAAAUGAACGUGAUCCUUUUUAUUGUGGUGAUAUUAUUAAAAAAAUCGUACUCACUUGAUGUCUGCGAAAAUCAGGAAACAUGCGAGAAAUGUAUAAGGCAAUCAUACGAUUGCAUCUGGUGUUCAAUGGAUAACGUUACAGAUCGAUGCAAAUCAAACACUGGGGACCUCAAUAACUGGUGCUUAGAUAUAACGAAGAGGAUCAAUCCUCUUAACUCACAUACAAUUGAACAGAAUUUAAACUUCACUUCAGAUAGUGGCCAUAUUAUUCAAAUGAAACCUCAGAAGAUGAAAGUAGAUUUGAGAGCGGGCCAACCCUUACCUUUUAAUUUCUCAUUUAAAAGUAUAAGUGACUACCCGGUAGACCUCUACUUCUUAAUGGAUGGAUCGAUAUCAAUGAAAUUGAUAAAAGAGAGAACAGCUUAUCAAAGUGAAAACAUAUAUAAUAUGAUGAAAACCAUAACUAAAAAUGUAUUUUUGGGCAUGGGAACAUUUGUGGAUAAAAACGCUUUACCGUUUACACAAACAAUAAAUAGUACAUUAACAUAUUCCUUUAAAAAUCAUUUGAAAUUAGUCGAUAAUUUUGAACUGUUCCGAAAAAUCGUGAAUGAUACACCAUUCGGAAUGAAUCAUGACGAGCAAGAAGGGACUUUAGAUGCACUUGCACAAGUAAUUGUGUGUAAAGGUCAAAUUGGUUGGCGGAAUGAAUCGAGAAAAAUUAUAGUUGUUCUCACCGGAGGCCCAUUUCAUGCUGCAGGAGACGGUCAGUGGGCGGGUAUAACAAAACCCAACGAUGGUAAAUGCUAUACGAAAGAUAACGUUUAUACGAAGGAACUGGAAAUGGAUUACCCGUCUAUCAGCCUUAUAAACAAUUUGGCAUCGAACGAACAAAUAACGAUCAUAUUUGCUGUCACUGAAGACAUGUAUAAUCUCUAUAAAGAUUUGAGCAAUAACAUCAGAGGAUCGCGGAUAACCACGUACGAUAAUGAAAUUGUCAACAUUCUGAGAUCAAUUUACGAGGAUAUAACUAGUAAUUUAAAAAUAAACAUAAACAUGAAAAGAAAGUAUCGGCACCUGUUUAAAAUAACAACCGACCCGGAUUGUGUAACAACAAACAAUAACGACCAGUGUAUAGUCAAACAAAACCAAAUAAUGAACAUAAAUGCAACGAUUGAAUUAUUACAAUAUGAUAACAAUAUAAAAAAUAUGACAAUCGAUAUAGUCGUGGAAGGUAUUAAAGAAAAAUUAAAUCUUGACAUUAAUAUAAUAAGCACGUGUAACUGUGAGCGAGAAGUGAAUUCAAAAAUGUGUUCACAUAACGGCGAUAAAACAUGUGGCAUUUGCGAGUGUAGGGGAACAAACUGGGGAGAUAAAUGUCAAUGUUCAUCAAGUAAUUCAACAUCAUAUUAUGAUAAAACAAUAUGCAAGGCACCAAAUUCAACAAUUGAUUGCAGUGGACAUGGAAUAUGUAAAUGCGGAAUGUGUGUUUGUAGAAAUAGGUUUGAGGGACGAUUCUGUGAAUGUAACAAGGAUAGUUGCCCGAGGGGGGAAAACAACGCCCUCUGUUCCGAUAAAGGGGACUGCAAUUGUGGAAAAUGCAGCUGUGUUCAGGGCUGGACUGGUGACACAUGUAACUGCGCCACCUCAUCGGCCGGAUGUACCACUGGUGAUACAAUCUGCAAUGAGCGUGGUUAUUGUAACUGCGGUAAAUGCGAUUGCAACCCCAUCGCUGCAUGGGACGCGAGGAGCGAACAAGACAACCGCUGCACAGUUCUGCCCUGUGACAAUAACCGAAACACGUGCCACAGCUCUCAAUGUAACAUACUUGAAUCCUGCGCAAUAUGCAGUAGAGAGAGAGGAAAUAGUACUGAAUGUACCGAUUGCAGUGACUUUAACGUCACAGUGGUCAAACAUAUAACUGAUGAAAAUUCGUGGGCCAUAUGUCCCGAUGUGGCUGUGUUAGUCGGAUGCGAAAUGAAAUUUGGUUAUCGAUACGCUAUGAAUCGAUACGGUAUUGAUAUUAUUGUUCUAUCUGAAAUGAAUUGUGCGAAAAGUUAUUACAUGUUUGGGGGAGGCGUUUUAGCUACCAUACUGGCUAUAGGCAUAGGAACGAUUUGCCUCUGGAAAUGCAUUUCUAACGCCCGUGACAAGCGAGAAUACGAAAGGUUUCUUAAUGAAUUGAAAAAUCAAUCUGAAGCUGUGAAGUGCGAAAAUCCAUUCUACGAAUCUGCAUCUUUGACAUACCGUAAUCCGGCAUUUAGGAAAAAUUCUGUAUUUUAAAAGUAAUAUAAAUCUUCAGUAUUAUAUUGUUUAUCAUUAUUAAAUUUUAUUCAUUUAUAGAAUGAUUGAAAUAUGAAUUUCAAUUAUUAAUUAAAGCUCCACGUGAAAUUGACGCAGUUUUUUUAGUGUCUAACAAUUUUAGUUUUUAGGUUACAAGUAACUAUAAAAACUAUAAAGUACUUUAAGACUGUCUAAUGUUACGAAAGAAAUCAUAUUUUUUUAUAACCAUUGACAAACAUACAUUGAUGU